AUGCAGCUUCUCAAAGGUCUUGCUGUACUGAGUGUCACGGCACUUGUCACAGCCGUACCUCUGCAUCCCAGGACAUCAAACAUCACCAUCUCAGACCCCGUGUUUGUCAACCUGGACCCCAAAAUUCCCUCGGCAAGUACAACACAACAAGCUCCAGCGAACGAGCCCCAAUUUUUGAAGCCAUCACCAUCAGCGCAAGACACAUCACAACAAGCAUCGACACCAGAACCUGCAUCGGGAACACCAAAGCCAAGUACAACCCUGCCUGUGAUACUUAUCCCUCCCCCAUCCGACGCCCCUUCCGGAACAGAACCCUCCACCUUCACCCCAACGCCUGACAGACCAUCCCCGUCACCAUCUCCUCCACCGCCACUCUCAAACGGCGGUAGCAGCGGUCUAAACCCGGACCUUGUCCCAUCCUUUGGCGUGAUACCCAACACAAACCGCGACGCCCAGCAGCCAGGCUCGUGCGACGGAUUCACGGGCACCGAGAUCGUACUGAUACCCUGCUCGUGCCCGCCAGACCGAGAGGUCUUCCUCUCGAGCCUGCGCGACGCAAUCGCCGCGGGCAGCUUCGUCGACGAGCCCAUAUCGUUCAGCAACGACGCUGCAGACGACUCGCCCGCCACCAACCGCGUGCGCGCCGACGCCAUGCUCGUCGUCCUGCAGAGCUUCAGUGGCGUCAGGGGCGUCGGAUGUCCGGCCGCCUCGGCGCCAAACUUUCUCGAGAUGCAGAGAUCGGGCGUCAGGAUCAAUGGGACUUUUAUCGCGGGUGUUUCUGCGUAA